AUGAGCGCACAUUUGUCAGUUAUAGACUGCCCAAUCUUCACAACUGCACGUCGCGCGGCGCAGCAGAAACGCGAGGCGGAGCCUUCUGGAGGAUACGGACACGGGCUCGGGCAUGGCCUUGGUCUAGGCUUUGGCUUUGGUCAUGGGCACGGAUUUGGUCAUGGGCACGGAUUUGGUCAUGGAUUUGGUCAUGGCCAUGGCCACGGACACACAGUAGUGACUGUUGUACAUGGUGGUCACGGUCACGGACAUGGUUUUGGGCAUGGUUUCGGACACGGACACGGGUUUGGCUUCGGACAUGGUCAUGGUAUCGGACACGGACACGGACACAGUGUUGUGCAUCAACACGGUUUUGGCCAUGGACAUGGAAUCGGAUUUGGCCACGGUUUCGGACAUGGAUACGGCCACGGCAUUUACAAGCGCGAGGCCAAAGCCGAACCCGAAGCCAAGGCCGACCCGAAAGCAGAACCCGGCUUUUCCCAUGGCUUUGGAGGCCACGGCUUCGGCGGUCAUGGCUUUGGCGGCCAUGGGUUCGGUGGCCAUGGAUUCGGACAUGGUGGCCAUGGAUUCGGACAUGGUGGCUUUGGUUUAGGUCAUGGCUUCGGCCACGGCAUUGGCCAUGGCCACGGUCACACCGUUAGUCAUGAAGUUGUCCAUGUUGGACAUGGUCACGGUCAUGGAUUUGGACACGGCCACGGAUUUGGCCAUGGAAUCGGGAUUGGUCACGGAUUCGGACAUGGCCAUGGACACGGCCACGGCGUACAUAUAAUCGAACACGGACACGGUUUUGGACAUGGGUUAGGUCACGGGUUCGGCCAUGGAUUCGGACAUGGGAUCGGCCAUGGAAUUGGUCAUGGGUUUGGCUACGGAGGAUAUGGUUACCAUUAACUAUAGUUCCAGAGUCUGUCCUGGUUAUCCUACAUGUACAUAAUAAGGAUAUUGUAAUGGAAUAUUUAAACACUUUUACAUUUUGUAAUAAAUUUUAAAGCCAUUGUAAUUUGUAAUAAUCAAGAAACAAAUAUCAGGUAUAUCUGUCAAUAAGAUACUGACCUACUCUCCUUACCUGUUUCCUUUCAAGGUGUAAAAUAGCAUUAAUUUUGUCAUUUUGUCUAUCCCUCUUCCUUUAAUUAAUUCUUGCAGAAGCUGAUCUUGUCUGCGUGUGCAUUUUCAGAAUCUCUGACCUUUUCUGUACAAUUUCCAAAAUUAGAUUCUAUCCAGCUGUAUAUAUGUACCGCUUAAUACUUUUUAAAAUCUUUUCUCUCAUGUUUAAGUUUUCCCGUGGUGUUUUACUACAGCAGUUAAACUUAGAUCACCCUUUAUAUGUCGUCUAAAUACCAUUACGACCUCUAUUCUUCUAUGCAUCCAUAAUAAUUCUUAAUGUACUAUGUGACUUCCUCCAUUACCUGGUCGCCCCUUUACAUGGGUAUCCUGAUUGUACAUAUAAAGGAUACAGUAAUAAAAUAUUUAAUACAU